UAGCGUCGUUAUUUCCUUCCUCCAUUUUUACCGCUUCUUUGGACGGACUCGUCGGCCAUUCCCACUGUUUUUGUGAAAAGUUUUGUGUUCUGUUUGUUUGAAGUAAUAGAUUUUGUGGAUUCCAACUGUCCACAACGUGUAGUUAAUCCAUUAUAGUACAUAUUAAAUUCACUUUUGAAAAAUGGGUGACGAGAAAAAGGGAAAUGAAGCUGAACACAUUAACUUAAAAGUAUUGGGACAAGAUAAUGCAGUGGUUCAAUUUAAAAUCAAAAGACACACGCCCUUAAGAAAACUUAUGACUGCUUAUUGUGAACGAGCUGGUAUAAGUACAUCAGCUGUCCGGUUUCGAUUUGAUGGAAAUCCUAUAAAUGAAACGGACACCCCGACUUCCCUUGAAAUGGACGAGGCUGAUACAAUUGAAGUUUAUCAGCAACAAACUGGCGGGUACUGUUAAGCGUUUAAUUUUAUUAUUAUUUUAAUGUAUUCUUAUAUAACUCCUUAAUACAACAAAUUACAUUCAUUAAGUAGAGAUGUAUGUGAACCUAGAUUAAUGCAACUUUUAUUUUCUUACUUUCAGAGUGUAUAUCUUGAAAACUUGAAGAAAUACAAAUUUUGAUUAUUUUAAUUGUUAGGUCUGAUUUUUUUGUAAUAAGUUCAAUGGAAAUAGAAUAAACAAUUUUUGGUAAAUAUAUACUUUCAAUGUUUUA